GUGCAGCGGCUGCAGGUCAGCUGCUGCGUUGCCGAGGCGGGGCCCACGGCCCGGCUUUCGGGGCCUGUCGCCUCCCUAGCUCCGGCAGGGCUCGCGGCUCGCACCCGGGGCCAUGUCCUCCCUGGAGGCCGCGGCCACGGCGGACGGCGCCGAGGCCGGCAGCAGGACCAAGUCCAUCAGUCCCCGCACGAUCCCGGUGGUCGGGGUGGUGACCCCGCACGAGGAUGUGCAGGGCAUUUUCAAGUCUAUGGACCUUAACCGCAUCAUCAAACUGCUCGAAGAGAAUGAUAAGGAUGACUUAGAAGAAAAACAACUUAAUAGUGUCACAAAACUGGUACAAUAUUAUCAGAAUGGAUUUCCUCUAAGGGACCUGGCACAGGUGUUUAAAAUCCUGGGUCUGUGCGCAGAUAAAAUUGAAAAGCAGCCCUGCUUUGUGGAUCCUGCGUCUGACCUCAUAAAACUGUGUGGCUUGCCAUUUUUGAAAAAGAAAGUAUCAGAUGAAAUAACCUAUACUGAAGAUACUGCUAACUCACUUGCACUUCUGGGUGAAUUAAUGAAGGUACCAAGUUCUAAAUUAAGGAUACAAAUUUGUAAAUGUAUUAUUGACUUCUAUCAUGCAGAACCACCAAAAAAGCAUAUUCCAGGCUACCAGCAGGUGAGCUCGUCAUACAAGAUCAAGAUGGCUGAAGCUGGAGGAUUGGCAAAAGCAAUGGUCCAGUCUGUGCACUUGCUUGAAAAUCAGCUCGUUGAGAAACUUUGGGUUCUUAAAGUUCUGCAGCAUCUCUCCACUUCUGAAGCUAAUUGCACUUUAAUGGUGAAAACCCAGGCUGCUGGCGGAAUCUGUGCUCACCUCAAUGACCCGGAUCCCUCAGGGCAGCUCCUCUUUCGUUCAUCAGAAAUACUUUGGAACCUCCUGGAAAAAUCUUCAAAGGAUGAAGUUAUACAACAGCUUAGUAACUUGGAAUGUCUGCUGGCUUUGAAGGAAGUAUUUAAAAAUCUGUUUAUGAGGGGCCAAAGUCAUUAUGACCGUCAACUUAGAAAUGAUAUAUUAGUUAUCACCACAAUUAUAGCUCAGAACCCUGGUGCACCAAUGAUUGAAUGUGGCUUUACCAGGGAUUUGAUACUGUUUGCAACUUUCAAUGAAGUUAAAAGUCAAAAUCCUUUGGUAAAAAGUCUUAAGCUUUCUAAUUCCUAUGAAGAUUUUGAGUUGAAGAAAUUGCUAUUCAAUAUAAUUGUGAUCUUAUGUAAAGAUUUAACUACUAUACAGAUAUUAAUCGAUGGCAAAGUUAUUCUGGCUUUGUUUACCUAUGUCAAAAAGCCUGAGAAACUCAAAAUCAUCGAGUGGUCUGCAGCACAGUAUGAGGAGCUGCAACUGCAUGCAAUUGCCACCUUGUCCUCGGUGGCCCCUCUGCUAAUAGAAGAGUAUAUGGCAUGCCAGGGCAACGCUCGAAUCCUGGCCUUUCUAGAAUGGUGUGAGCACGAGGAUUCCUUCUUCAUCCACGGUAACAGUUUUCACGGAACAGGUGGCCGUGGAAACAAGUUCGCACAGAUGCGUUAUACUUUACGACUCCUCAGAGCCAUGGUUUAUCUUGAAGAUGAGACUGUAAACACGGAUCUUUGUGAAAAGGGGGUUAUUCAUCAGCUAAUAGGGAUCUUUAAAAAUAUGGCAAGCAAACCCGAUGAUAAGGAAGAGGCCAUUGCCUUGGAGAUUCAGUCUGACGCCUUGCUCAUCCUGUCGGGGCUCUGCGAGCAUUAUAUCCAGAGGAAGGAAAUAUUUGGAACUGAAGGAGUUGACAUAAUUCUUCACGUAAUGAAAACAGACCCCAAGAAGUUACAGAGUGGCUUAGGCUACAAUGUUCUUCUUUUCAGUACCUUAGACAGCAUUUGGUGCUGCAUUUUGGGAUGUUAUACUUCUGAAGAUUAUUUUCUUGAAAAGGAAGGAAUUUUUCUCCUUUUGGAUAUAUUGGCAUUGAACCAAAAGAAAUUCUGUAAUCUGAUACUUGGGAUAAUGGUUGAGUUUUGUGAUAAUCCCAAAACCUCUGCUCAUGUCAAUGCUUGGCGAGGGAAGAAAGACCUAACUGCUGCUAGUCUCUUAAUUAAACUGUGGAGAAAGGAGGAAAAGGAACUAGGAGUAAAACGUGAUAAGAACGGCAGGAUUGUUGAUACAAAGAAACCUCUGUUUACUAGUUUUCAAGAAGAACAGAAGAUCAUGCCCCUUCCUGCUAACUGCCCAUCUGUUGCAGUUAUGGAUGUCGCUGAGAAUAUCAGAGCAAAAAUUUAUGCUGUGUUGGGAAAACUAGAUUUUGAAAACUUACCUGGCCUAUCUGCUGAAGAUUUUGUCACCCUGUGUAUAAUACAUAGAUACCUUGAUUUUAAAAUUGGAGAAAUAUGGAAUGAAGUAUGUGAAGAAAUAAAAUUGGAACACUUAAAACUAGUUGCUUCAGAUAAAAUGUCUUUGGAAUCUAUUACAGCAGCAACAGAAAACAUUGGAAAGAUGGUUGCUACCCUUCAAAGUGAGAUGAUUGAAAGCCAAGCACACCAAGAUGUGCAAAAUGAGCAGAGGGUGUAUGCAAAGAUACAGGCCACACAUAAGCAAAGGGAAUUGGCUAACAAGUCCUGGGAAAACUUCUUGGCUAGAACAUCAAAUGCUAAAACACUGAAGAAAGCAAAAAGGCUCCAGGAAAAGGCUAUAGAAUCCUCUAAAUACAGUGAACGACCAAAACAUGCAACAUUUCACCAAACAGUUAUUAAAGGUCUUAACACAACGGUACCUUCAGGCCGGGUGGUGACGGUAGAAAGCACUCCUGUUCGGUUACUGGGAGGACCACUGGCUGACACAGACAUCGCUCUUAAAAAGCUGCCUAUUCGAGGAGGAGCCUUGCAGAGAGUGAAAGUGAAGCCGCUGAAUGAGCUAAAAACGAACAACCCUAUCUGACCGGCUCCAUGACUUUAGGAAAUAAGUUCCACUUAGAACGGUUUAGCUAAAUGUAUAUUUAUAUACAAAUGUAAGGCAAAAAGUUAGAAUUAGAAAAUAUUAUAAAAUUAAAGUCAGGAUAAUAGAGUUUAUUUUUAUUAAAAACAUCAACACAUGUAUUAGAAAAGUGGUCACCACUGUCUUUGGAAAAGCUGUUUCUCCCUUAACUGAAAUUGUAAAGUUUGUUUAUCUGUUCGGACUUUUGCCUGUGUAGCAGUUACUUCAAAUAGUCUACCCUGAAGGACAUUUUUGUGGACUUCAUGUACUCUUUCCUGAGUAAUGUAGAUGAGGGCACUGUUGGAUCAAAGGGAUGAAGCUGAUUUAGCAGGGAUUUCCUUCCAGCAGCACCACCUUACAGUCUUCCAGCAGAGAAGAGUGGAUACAUUUUUCUCAAUAAUUUCCGCUGCUCCCUCUGCAUCCUGGAACCCUUGAUUGAUCGCACGCCCACUCCAGAGCACCUCACCUUGAAGUCAGACACAUCUUCUUUGCUCUUGGAGCCAUAAACAGCCCACAAUCAUCUAAAAGUCAGAAGUCAAGUGCUAUCAUCAGAAGGAGCAACAUUGGUGAAAGUAGAAAAUAAAUGUAUCUAUUAUAAAAGUCAAGUGUCACUCACAAACCAACCAGCAAAACUAAAAAUACAGGUACAGUUGGUUUUACCAAUAAUAUAUAAAUUUUGAAAGUGGAGUUAGAGAGAUGACUUAGUGGUUAAGAGCACUGGCUGCUCUCCCAGAGGUACCCGGGUUUAAUUCCCAGUGCCCACGUGGCAGCUCACAACUCCAGACCCAGAGGAUCUGAUUUCUCUUCUGAUACCCUUGAUUUACAUGUAGGCGAAACUCCCAUAUACAUAAAACAGAUAAAUAAAAAUUUUAAGUAAGUCAAAAUUUGAAGCUAUUUCUAAUGCUUUCUCUAAUGGGGAAGUAACAUUGUGGGGGAACAGAUAGAAGAAUGCAACAUGAGAUGUUCAUACAAACUGUACCAAGCCAUGCCUCGUUUCUACCCCAGACACAUGCAGAAUCCUUAUGCAGUGUCCAUAGCUAAGAGCGAUGAACCUUUGCAGCAUUUGUAGACUAUGAACUUCCCCAGACUCUUAGUUGCCCAAAGGCAAGGGAGAGAGCAUGUAUAACUUACUAUUACGAUCAACACCUCAGUAAAGAAGUUAGUGAUGGUGACCUUGACUCACGCAGCCUUUCCCUUGAGGUCUUCAAAUGCAACAGUGCACUGACCUUCCCCAAAAGGAAAAAUUGGCCCACAGGAUACUUCACAAGCGAUGCCACGCAAGGACAGCAUCUUAAAGUAGUUUGAGUACGUACAUCAAAGUAAUUGUAGCAUAAAUACAUUGGUAUAAAUACAAACAAGUUAUAGAAAAAUUGAUAUAAUUCAGUUGAGCAUCAGUUUUGCACACAGUACAAGCAUUGCAUCUCCAGACUGAUUUAGACCGAUCACCAUCAGGAUUACCUAAUGCCUACAGACUGCUCUGCUAUUCACUAGGAAGAGAGAAGGCAGACUAAGACAGGUUAUUCUCUAGCAGACACUUACCACAUGAUGAAGUAUAGGCUGACGGGAAGCAGCAGUAGCGCUUACUGCAGUGCCCAUACAGAUGACGGGCAGAUCUCUAGCACAUUUGUCUGGCACAGUUCCAGCCGUCACACAGCGAGAGUGAACCCACCCCUCCCAUAACAUCGCAAACGUCUCUGCUUUUCCUUCCUUGUGCUCUGUUCACACUCCUCUUGAGUCCUGGUGGGUACACUGUCUAGGCUGCCCUGCCUGAGAGAUGCAUAGUAUUUUCUCCCAUAAGCCAGCAGGGGCAAAAUUUCCAGCUUUCAAACUGUAAUGUGUACUAAUCAAGUAAAUAAAACCUAUGCUUUGGAAUCAGAA